AUGCCGCUGAGAAACGAUUCAGACAAUCCAGACAUCUGGGCAAGCUCAGAAGGAGGCAUCGUCAGGUUCCCCGCCUUUGUCCGCCUCCCCGCCUCUGCACGUCCCGACAACAGACGCCUUCUCCUUCCCAACGACAACGACUCUGUUAAAAACAUCACCCUCUCGGCUCGUCUACCUCCGCACUAUGUCGAAUCUUCUCGUCUCGCAUCCUUCCGCCAGCAGAUCGCCGCUCGAUGGAGCAUUUCAGAAGAACGUAUUCGCGCGCUCACCGUCAACCUCGACGGCAAACGAGUCUUGAUCGAAGACAAUGACGAUUGGGAGGAUUGGGUUGCAACGUACUUUUUCCAUCCGACACACCCGCCUUCUUCCUCAAGCUCGUACGCUAGCUCGAUCAGCAGGCAGCAGGAAGAUUCUCGUGCGAAGAAGGAGUUCCGUAUCAAGCCUGUCCACAUCAAUAUCAUGGUGGAAUCACCCCCGGCUUAUGCCGAAGCUGGAGCUGAAAGCAGGUCCACUCAGACGAACGAUCAAGUUGCCCCACCCAUGGUUGACGAUCUAAUCGCGCGCAUGAGAAGCCUUACUGAUGACCUCCGAACCUACUUGGAGGCCCAGCGUGCUUCGAAUCCUGCUGCUUCGACGACGCAGCGGCCCGAUCAGCCACGAACACAGAUACACCAGCCACAACGUGAAGCGCCCGCGCCCCAAGCGCAACCAGUCGUCAGCGAAGAAACCUGGCAUCCUCUUCCGAUUCAGCCUACACUUCCCAAUGCCAGCGACGUGGUCGGCUCAGUCUUACAAGCUAUUCAGCCUCAGCUUCGAGACGCCAUGCCCCUGCUCUCCGGCCUGCUGUCCUCCUUGCCCGCUCAGCUGGCCAAUCCUACUAGAUCCACGGCUUUGUCACAGCAGACAUUCACAGCCACACCAGCGCAGCGACCUGCACCUCCCGCUGCAACCACUGCCACUCCAGGCGCUGAUACAGUCACCACCGCUAGCAACGGAACAAAUGAUGCAGUUCCGCAACAGAGGCAAUCGCUCAUCGAGGGACUGUUUAAUGAGAUUUCGCGUGUUCGUUCGCAGCGAUCGGCAUCGGAACAACCGCGAGCUCAGGGCGCCAACACAACAAGUGAAGAGGUGGAAGGUGAAAUGAGCACAGUAUUGAGCCAGGCGUUUGCUGAGAUGCUUGCUCGUCAGCGAUCCGCCCCCGCCCCCGCCACUGCCACUUCUGCUGCUGCGGCUGUCCCACAGGGAGAAGGACAUGUCAAUGAAGUUGCAGAGGCGGAAGAGCUGGAUGAGGAGGAGGAGGCUGAAGAGUCGAUCACUGUUGUUUCUACCCCUUCCACCAGCUCUCGUCGCUCCUCCCGCUCUCGCUCCCGAUCUCCCCCUCCAGCAGCCAACCGCAGCAUCUUCGCAACAACAACCCUAUUCUUAACCCUAUUCACUUUCAUCCUCUCACUGGUCACUCCCACCUUCGCCUCCCCAUCCCCCCUCACGACCUCCCUCAACCCCCGUUCCCUCACUAACCCCCUCAACCCCAACCCUCUCACCCCACGCGCUAACUCCCGCAACCUCCACCUCUGCAAAUGUACGUGUUUCCAAAUCAACUCCACUCUCGUUCCACUCUAUUCCCCCUCCAAUCCAGCUAAACCUUGCGCCACAUGCACGCGGCAGUUCUGUCUCGAUCAGGGCCUAGAGAUCUGCAAAGGGGCCAAAUUGGAGCAUACGGAUCACGACACGGGGACGGGGUUAGAAGGUGAUGUUUGGGCGAAAUGUUUCGAGAGGGAUAGCCGGAAAGAUCAGAAUAUUAUUACAUUGUAUUUGUUGGUUGUAGUGGGGUUGGUUGCGUUUGCUGCGUUUAGGGGGAGAGUUGAAGGGUGGGUAAGGAGGUACGAGGAAUUAGGUCCGAGAGGGUUGUAUAGCGCUGUUAGGGAUGCGCCUUGGCGUAGAGGCAGGUGA